GGAAGCCAAGCCAAGCAAAAGACACUGGACUGUCGAGAAAGCCAAGCCGAGCUAAAGCCACAGACAGAGAUCCAGCAAUGGCGUAGCCAGUGUAGCAACAUGUAAUCCGCUCACUAAUCGAAUCAAUAAACAUCGUUUUCUGACAUGGUGACAGAAGCGGGAUCUACCAAGAAGAAGAAAGAAGAACCUCAGCAGAAACGAUACAGCCACUGAUUCGAGCGACGGAGCGAAGAAGACGCCGUUAAAACAAUACAAACAAGCCGACGCACGUGAGCGCCGAUUCCGAAACUAUGGAAGGUGGUCUAAAGACGCCGAGGCCUCUUGAUCUGUCGUCGCAGUCGCCAGACGUUUGGGACGACUGGCUUCAGAGCUACGAAUGGUACGCAACAGCGAUCCAGUUACAGAAGAAACCUCCCGAAGUUCAAGUAGCGAACUUCAUGACUGUCAUCGGCCCAGACGCACAGAACGUGUUCCGAACGCUCCCACUGAGCGAAGACGACAAGAAAAACCUGGACAUCGUAAAGCAACGGUUCAAAGAGCACUUCCACCCGAAGGUCAACCCCACCUACGAACGGUACAGGUUCAAUCAAAUGAAGCAGAAAGAGGGCGAGACUUUCAACGAGUUUCUGACGGCCGCAAGGCUACAAGCAAAGAAAUGCAAGUUCGGUGAGCUGACUGAUGAACUACUACGCGAUCGCAUUAUCGUUGGCAUCACCAAUGACGAUGUCAGAGAAAGACUGCUAAGCGACCCGACUGUCGACCUGCAGAAAGCCGUGAAUCUCUGCAAAGCGAGCGAACAGGCGUCACAGCAGCUCAAAGAAAUCGUAAACAAAGAAACGAGGACCGUCGACGCCGUCACGAAGAAGACAAAGCAGCUACCGAGAAAGAAGACUGUCGCGGAGACAAAAGAGCAAGCGCCAACGAAUUCGGGAAUGGCAAGAAAAGCAUGCAGCUUCUGUGGAGGAUUUCACAGACCAAAAGAAUGUCCAGCGUAUGGCAAGACGUGUAACAAGUGCCAAAAGAAAGGACACUUUGCUGCAGUGUGCCGAUCAAGCAGAAGUAUGGUGCAACACAAGGUCCAUGCCAUCGACAACCACGAAGACCCUGAAGAAGAAAUGUAUGUGUCGGAGCUGAGAACCAAGACAAGCAAGACGGUGUGGCAAGAAGAGAUCCAGUUCAAGUGUGGAACUAAAGUUGUCAUGAAACUGGACACAGGAGCGCAAUGCAACGUCCUCCCAAACAAGAACGUCCAAGCCAUGAGACUACAAGUGUUUCCUUCGCCAGUCAAAAGAAUCGCAACAUACAGCAAUCACAAGAUGCAAGUGAUCGGUGAGGUGAGAGAAGCAUGCACUGUCCGUGAUGAGCCGGCGAAACUGAAGUUUUUCGUCGUGAACUCUGACGUGACACCAGUUCUGGGUCAGAACGCAUGCGAGCUCCUCAACCUCGUGAAGAGAGUGCACACAGUCCAAGCAACGCAAGAAGAUGACGAAAUAUUUCAAGGCAUCGGUUGCAUCAAGAACUUUGUCUAUGAUGCCGAUGUCAAAGAGGAAGCAAGCAAGAAGCUGGAAAACAAGCCACCAAGAAGGGUCCCAUAUGCACUUAUGGAUGAAGUCAAGCAAGAGCUCACGAGCAUGGAACAGAAAGGAAUCGUCGAAAAAAUCACAGAACCAACUCCAUUCUGCAGUGAAAUGGUUGUUGUGAAGCAGCGAGGAAAGAUCAGGAUCUGCAUCGAUCCAGUGGAACUGAACAAAGUUCUUAUAAGACGAAACUAUCCUCUCAAGACUUUGGAAGAAAUUGUUGCGCAUGUCAGAGGAUCCAAGCGGUUCACUCUGCUAGACCUCAAGAAAGGAUUUUGGCAAAUGCAAGUGUCAGAGCGCACCAAAAAGUAUCUAGCCUUCAGCACUCCGUGGGGCAGGUACUGCUUUAAGAGAGUUCCAUUUGGCAUAGCCACAGCACCGGAAGUUUUUCAACAAGUCAUCAGCAGAAUCCUGGAAGGGAUUCCGAACGCCGUCAACUCCAUGGACGACAUCCUGGUGUAUGCCGAAACAAGCGAACAGCUGCAAGAAACUACAAAGAAGGUCAUGGAUGCUCUGAAAGAAGCUGGCACUAAACUCAACAAAGACAAGUGUGUCUUUGACAAGCCUGCAGUCAAGUUUCUUGGUCACGAAAUCACUGCAGAAGGACUCAAGAUCGACCAAGAAAAGGUAGCCGCCAUCGACCAGUUAAAUGAACCAAAGAACAAGACCGAGCUACAGAGACUGCUAGGGAUGAUCCAGUAUCUCCAGAAGUUCGUGCCCAACCUUGCGGACAAGACUGCACCACUGAGAAAGCUCAUCACCAAGGACACUGAGUACCUGUGGACAGAGGAACAGAGCAAGGCACUGACCGAAAUCAAGCAAGCGCUGAAGAGUGCACCAACACUCGCAUACUACAACGUUAAUGGUGCUAUGACCCUUUCAGUGGACGCAAGCUCAAAAGCCCUAGGAGCUGUUCUCCUACAAGAAGGAAAGCCUGUUGCCUACGCCUCAGCAGCAAUGACGGAAGCACAACAGAACUACCCUCAGAUCGAGAAGGAGGCACUAGCGAUCCGAUACGGCUGCCGGAAAUUUCACCAAUAUAUCUAUGGAAGACCUCUAACCAUCGAGACUGACCACAAGCCGAUCGAGAGCAUCGCAAAGAAGCCGCUGAGCAAAGCCCCUCCUCGACUACAAAGACUUCUCUUUGACGUACAGCAGUGCGCACCAGCAAUCGUCUACAAGAAAGGAACAGAACUCGUGAUCGCAGAUCUACUGAGCAGAGACUGCAUCAAGAACGAGUCGGCAGGUGCAUAUACAGAUGACAUACAAGUGAUGGCAAUUGUACCCAUGUCACCUGAAACAAUGGAAGAACUAAAGAGGGACAUUGCCCAAGACAAAGAAAUCCAAGAAGUGAUCCAAGCCACGAAAGAAGGAUGGCCAAGCACCACAAGAGGGCUCAGUGACCCAAUGAAGCUGUAUUGGUCAUUUAGGGAUGAACUUGCUGUGUAUGAAGACAUGUUGUUCAGAAGCGAUCGGAUAGUCAUUCCGAAAACUUGGAGAAACAGACUGCUCGUCCUGAUCCACGCGGGACAUCUAGGCAUAAACAGUUGUCUAAAGAGAGCCCGCGAGACUGUAUACUGGCCAGGGCUAACGACAGACAUCAAAUGCUACGUGGAAAGAUGUGCCACAUGCCAAGCAACUGACAAGAAACCAGCGAGAGAGCCACUUCAUCUCAAAGAAAUACCAGACCUCCCGUGGGAAAGAGUAGCAUCAGAUCUCUUCAACUUCGAAGGAAAGUCCUACGUUGUCAUUGUCGACAGCUACUCUGGAUACCCGCCGCCUCGGUGGCUCCGAGAAACACGCCAAGGAGUGAAGAACUGGGUUCACCUGCACAAAGACUGUACAGCAGGAGGACAAGAACUCCAGUUCCCACACACAACAAGCUACUAA